AUGGUGCACGGGCAUGCACUCUACCAUAUGCAGCACCGCCCUCUGGAGGCGCGGGCUAUUGACGAGACAAUCGCCAAUGGUGACCCCUUCCUGGUCGAGCGAGAUGGUCCUCUCGUGAUCGUCUAUAAAACACUCUCUGCGGACUUUGAAGGUGCCAUUGGAGGCUAUGUUACGGAGGGAAACAGUCAAACUACCGCUGCGACUACCUCGAGCACUAAGACUGCCAACGUCGGCGUCGGCGCCGCUGUAGGCGUCACGAAGACGACCACGGCAGAGACAACAAAAGCGACAGCGGCGAGCACCAAGGAGACCACUAAGGAGACCAAAGCCGAGACGAGCACCACGACCGAAAAGACCAAGGCAGAGGCAACCACGACUACCGAGCGAACAUCGGCAACGACUACUCAGGCGGACACAACCCAGGCGCCGUCCUCCUUUGUAACUUCGGCCUCUCAGACCACCGCCGAGAUCAGCCAGGAUGUGAACCUUCUUGCGGCGACUUCGAGCGCAUCGGCCACCGACUCUGGCGCUUCUUCGUCGGCCACGGCAGCCGCAGCUUCGUCGGGGAUGUCCGGUGGUGCCAAAGCUGGUGUCGCAAUUGGAGUCAUCCUCGGUCUGGGAGUGAUUGCAGCCCUCGUCUUCUUCUUGAUUCGGAAGAGGAAGCGCAAUCAGGAACCGGUGGAGAUCCAAAAUGAGAAGGAGUCCUACUCUCUCCCGCCUCCUCCCCCUCCCAUGAAGCCCUCGACUCCCUCGACGCCUCCUCAGCUUAGCGUGCGUCCAAUUACUCAAUUUGCGCCUGAUCUGAGCGGCAACGGGGCUUUCAACCCAGCUACUGCAGUUGCCGCCGGUGCUAUUGGCGCUGCUGGAGCUGGCGCGGCAGGUGCGGCCGUUGCUUCUCGUAAUCUCACUGGUAACUCGCCGCCUCCUACGCCGCCCAAGUCCAGUUCCAGCUCCCAAGACCCGUUUAGCGAUCCUGUCAAUCCCUUCAACCCUCCUUCUCCGAUGAGCGAGGAGGCUGCAGCCCCUUCGGCUUCGGCUGCUGUCCCAUCCGAUGCUGCUAUGGCAGCGACCGCCGCUGGUGCUGCUGCUGGUGCCGCUGGUGUUGUCGCUGCUGCUGCUGUCACGACCCAUGGAUCUGACAAUGAGCCGUCUAGUCGCCCUGCCUCGCAAGAAUCAGGUGCAGCAAUGCCUCCUAGCUCUUCGCCCAACCGUGUUAGUGCUGACGGGGAGUCUGUUUCAUCCGAGAUCCUCGCUGCCGCUGGUGGAGCAGCAGUUGGCGCUGGAGUUGCUGCUGCUGCUGCUGUCGGUGCUGUUGCUGCUCCUGGACCGAGCAACGUUCACCGUGUGCAAAUGGAUUUCAAUCCCUCAGCGGAUGACGAAUUGGAACUCCGCUCUGGCGCUCUGGUUCGGAUGCUUCAUGAGUAUGAUGAUGGAUGGGCCCUGUGCGUUCGCUUGGAUCGUUCGCAACAAGGAGUUGCUCCGCGCUCCUGCUUGUCUGCGCGUCCGGUGAAGCCUCGCCCGCGUCCACCUCCUGGAGCUGGCCCCGCCCCCGGCCCGGCUCCUCAUGGGCCACCCCCACCGAUGGGCCCUAACGGACGCAUGCCAGGCCCGCCUCCCCCCGGCCGCUUCUACCCCCAGGGUGCCCGACCUCGCUCCCCAGCUGGAGGUCCUUACCAGGGCCCGCCCAGAGCCCCUUAUCCCGGCCGUUCGAUGUCACCCGCGGCUGCUUUCCCUCCCGUGCCUCGCUCGAUGUCUCCGGGUCCUCGUGCCAUGUCGCCUGGCCCACGCUCGAUGUCACCCGGUCCCCAAUCAAUGUCUCCCGGCCCCGGUGCUCGGCCAGGCCCUGGCCCACGGUCCAUGAGCCCUGGUCCCUAUGGUCCCGGAGGUAUGCAGCGACCAGUGAUGCCGGUCAACCAACGGCAGCGCAGUAAUAGCGCGGGCAAUAUUUCUCCACCCACCGUCGGCGGCGUCGCUCCCCCCAAGUCCAGCCCGCUAGUUGCAGUCGAGGCCCCGGGCCCAGCUCCGACAAGUGACCUACCCGCCCUUCCACCAUCGGCACCCACCUCACCAACAGGGUCUCAGAUCAACCGAAAGCCCAUUCCUGCACAGGACGCCUGA